AUGGACGCCAUUCAGAAAGAGCAUGAUAAGGUCUGGGCCAUCAGUAAGCAGUCGAAGACUAUAGGCCAUGUCGAUGAUAUCAUCAAGGCCCUGCAGAAGGCUAGAGACUCCAUCGCCGACGACCCCAGCACGAGAGAGAUCACUCUUACUAUGCUCCAGAACCCAGUCAAGACCUCCUUCGAUGGCAUGUUCUCUAGCUUGAAGGAUGCACACGGAAUGCACAACAAAUACAGCAGAGCUUUGGAUAAGCUGUUCAAAGACAAGAUACCGAGCAACGAGAUUGAUGCCCUGUCCUCCCAUCCGACCCUCAUUAAUCGAGCCAUAUAUCUCCAUCUGCUACGGGAAGGUCUUUUUGAGGUCGCCUCCACCUUGCACACCGAAGCUAUUGAACGACAGAACAUCCAACAAGAGACCGCAGGACAUCUGGGAUUCGACGCACCGAUGGAACAUCCGCUGGGUCUUGAUAAAACAUCGGAAGAGAAUAUGCAGACACAGUUUGCAAACAUGUAUCACAUUCUCGGCGAGCUCAAGGAAAAUCAUAACCUACAGCCAGCUAUCGACUGGGCUCGGAUUAACGCAGCAUCAUUAGAGGCCCGAGGCAGCAAUCUCGAGUUUGAGCUUUGCAGAUUGCAAUAUGUCAGCUUGUUUCUGGAACGUCAAGAAGAUGAUCAAUAUGAGUUUGCCGGACCCAUGCGAGCUCUUCAGUAUGCACAGACCGAGUUUCAAUCUUUUCGUGGACGCUAUUUGGUUGAAAUACAACAACUCAUGGGUGCCAUCCCGUUUUAUUCGAACUUGGAAGAAUCGCCGUAUCAGGUCAGGUUCGACAACUCUACAUCCUGGCACGAUGUUGCCGCAUCUUUCACAAGAGAAUUCUGCUCUCUGCUAGAGUUGUCCGCAGACUCGCCCUUACACAUCGCCGCUACGGCUGGUGCCAUGGCUCUACCGACCCUCAUGAAAUUGCAGACAAUACAAAAACAAAAGCGUACCGAGUGGACAUCACAAAACGAGCUACCUGUAGAGACCCCACUCCCUCCCUCUUACCGCUUUCACUCAAUAUUUGUCUGCCCAGUCUCAAAAGAACAGACCACUGACCAGAAUCCGCCGAUGAUGCUUCCGUGCUGUCAUGUAAUCGCUCAAGAAUCGCUACAGCGACUCUCAAAGGGCGCCAAAUUCAAAUGUCCUUAUUGUCCCAUCGAAAGUCAUCCGAAAGAUGCAAGGAGGGUGUUUUUGUAA